UUCACGAACUUUCAGAUUUCCAGGACGGUAAAGAACGCAUUUUUAGCUUUAAAAGGUUCGAGCAUUCUCGAAAACGAAGAAGAAGGUUACGAUGACGAAAAAUUUAAUUUUGGUGGAGGAGAAAUAUCUAAAAAGAAUAUCUUAUCACAUGAUGAGGAAGUCGAAGGAAAUAAGAGAACUGGUUUCAUGUUGGGUAGUGACGGUACUGUUCAAUUAAAUAAAUAUGAGCGAAGGAACGAAGUAGCGGAGAAAUAA